GCAUCCCGGCCGCCGGCAGCCUUUUCCGGCCCCCGCGGCCCCCCGGGUGUAGCGGGUCCCCCGGCGCGCGGGGAUCGCCCGAACCUGAUCGGCCUGCGAGGGGCCGCCAGACUGACCCAUCUGUGGCUUCCUCUGCCUGGGCUCAGCCAUGGCCAGUGAGAACUCCCCUCUGCUGGCCUACCGGCUCCUGGGGGAGGAGGGGGCUGCCUUCCCUGCCGGUGGAGCUGGAGGACCUGGGGGGACAUCCACCCGGAAGCUCUCCACCUUCCUGGGCGUGGUGGUGCCCACGGUCCUGUCCAUGUUCAGUAUCGUUGUCUUCUUGAGGAUCGGGUUUGUGGUGGGCCACGCUGGGCUGCUGCAGGCUCUGGCCAUGCUUCUGGUUGCCUACUUCAUCUUGGCACUCACCGUCCUCUCCGUCUGUGCCAUCGCCACCAAUGGAGCUGUGCGAGGGGGCGGGGCGUAUUUCAUGAUCAGCCGGACACUGGGGCCUGAGGUCGGCGGCAGCAUUGGCCUCAUGUUCUACCUGGCUAAUGUGUGCGGCUGCGCGGUGUCCCUGCUGGGGCUGGUGGAGUCCGUGCUCGAUGUCUUCGGGGCUGGUGCCACAGAGUCGAAUGGACUACAGGUCCUCCCGCAGGGUUAUGGCUGGAACCUGCUCUACGGCUCACUGCUGCUGGGCCUUGUGGGUGGAGUGUGCACCCUGGGAGCUGGUCUCUAUGCCCGCGCUUCCUUCCUUACAUUUCUGCUCGUUUCUGGCUCCCUGGCCUCUGUCCUGGUCAGCUUUGUGGCAGUGGGGCCCAGGGACAUUGCCAUAACUCCUCAGCAUGGUGCCAAUGGCUCUUCUCUGCCACCUCGGUAUGGUCACUUCACGGGUUUCAACAGCAGCACCCUAAAGGAUAAUUUGAGAGCGGGCUACUCACAGGACUACACUACAGGCACCAUGAUGACUUUUGCCAGUGUGUUUGCGGUUCUCUUUAAUGGCUGCACAGGCAUUAUGGCUGGGGCCAACAUGUCAGGGGAACUGAAGGACCCCAGCCGGGCGAUACCUCUGGGCACCAUUAUUGCGGUAGUUUACACCUUCUUCAUCUACACCCUGCUUUUCUUCCUCUCCAGCUUCACCUGUGACAGAACACUGCUUCAGGAAGACUACGGCUUCUUCCGCGCCAUCAGCCUGUGGCCCCCGCUGGUGUUGAUCGGCAUUUAUGCCACAGCCAUCUCGGCCUCCAUGAGCUCCCUCAUUGGCGCCUCCCGCAUUCUGCAUGCUCUGGCCCAGGAUGACCUCUUUGGAGUGAUCCUGGCCCCUGCCAAGCUGGUGACCCGAGGUGGCAAUCCCUGGGGAGCGGUGCUGUAUUCUUGGGGCCUUGUCCAGCUGGUACUCCUGGCAGGGAAGCUGAACACACUGGCUGCUGUGGUCACGGUGUUUUACUUGGUGGCUUACGCAGCGGUAGACCUAUCCUGCCUGAGCCUGGAGUGGGCAUCGGCCCCCAACUUCCGCCCCACCUUCAACCUGUUCUCCUGGCACACCUGCCUGCUGGGCGUGGCUUCCUGUCUGCUCAUGAUGUUUCUCAUCAGUCCCGGGGCGGCCGGCGGCUCCCUGCUUCUCAUGGGCCUGCUCUCAGCCCUGCUCACUGCACGAGGAGGUCCCAGCAGCUGGGGCUACGUCAGCCAGGCUUUGCUUUUCCACCAGGUGCGCAAGUAUCUGCUCAGACUGGAUGUCCGGAAGGAACACGUGAAGUUCUGGCGCCCUCAGCUGCUGCUCCUGGUGGGGAACCCCCGAGGUGCCUUGCCUCUACUGCGAUUGGCCAACCAGCUCAAGAAAGGAGGGCUCUAUGUGCUUGGCCACGUCACCCUGGGCGAUCUUGAUUCCCUGCCCUCCGACCCCGUGCAGCCACAGUACGGGGCAUGGCUGAGCCUGGUGGACCGCGCCCAAGUGAAGGCCUUUGUGGAUCUCACCCUCUCGUCCUCUGUGCGCCAGGGGGCACAGCAUCUGUUGCGGAUCUCGGGUCUUGGUGGCAUGAAGCCCAACACCUUGGUUCUGGGGUUUUAUGACGAUUCUCCUCCCCAGGACCAUUUCCUGACAGACCCGGCUUUCUCUGAAGCUGAAGAUACCACUGGGGAGGGGGGGUCCCCAGCCCUGAGCACCUUGUUCCCUCCCCCCCGGGCUCCCGGGAGCCCCCGGGCGCUGAGCCCCCAGGACUAUGUGGCCACUGUGGCAGACGCCCUGAAGAUGAAUAAGAAUGUGGUUCUUGCUCGGGCCUGUGGGUCUUUGCCCCCUGAGAGGUUGAGCCGGGGGUCCGGGAGCUCCUCUCAGAUACAUCAUGUGGACGUGUGGCCCCUCAACCUGUUGCGGCCCCGAGGGGGGCCUGGCUACGUGGACGUUUGUGGCCUCUUUCUGCUCCAGAUGGCCACCAUUUUGGGCAUGGUGCCUGCCUGGCAUAGCGCCCGCCUUCGGAUCUUCCUGUGCUUGGGGCCUCAGGAGGCCCCCGGGGCAGCCGAGGGGCGCCUCAGGGCAUUGCUGAGCCAGCUGAGGAUUCGGGCAGAGGUGCGGGAGGUGGUGUGGGGUGAGGGGACCCCAGCCAAGGAGCAGGAGGAGGAAGCCGAAGGGGACUUUGUAAACGGUGGGCAAGGGGAUGCCGAGGCAGAGGCUCUGGCUGGCAGUGCCAACGCCUUAGUGCGGGCCCAGCAGGGACAGGGCAGUGGAGGGGGGCCCGGGGGCCCUGAGGGUGGAGAGGGCAAAGAAGGGCCCACCACCGCCCUCACCUUCCUGUACCUGCCGCGGCCACCCGCUGACCCUUCCCGGUAUCCCCGCUACCUGGCGCUGCUGGAGACGCUGAGCCGAGACCUGGGGCCCACGCUGCUCGCCCACGGGGUAACCCCGGUCACCUGCACCGACCUCUGACGCUCAGGGUCUGGUGCAGAAGCCCAGCCUCGCACUGAGGCUGGGCUGCCUGGGGACUGGAGCCUGGCCUUGUUUUCAGGGCGUCGGUCCUGGGACCUCAUGCGCUGAUGCAUCAGCGGACCGGCCGGCCUUUCCCUUCACUGGUGCCUUGGCCGGAGGAGCUGGCCUCCUGUGACUAGGCUACCUCAGCGUCCUCAUCCUGGCCACAAACUCUCCGGCCCGGGUGGUGGUGACUUUGUGUUUGUUCUGUUUGUGUUUUCUAACUGCUGAUCAUAAAUAAAUGA